AAGACGACUCAAUCUUUAGAAACAAAAAGAGAGAAUGAAACUAACACUAAAUUGGCUGCUUCUGCUUCUGUGUGUGUUGAGUCAUCAUCAUCAUGUUGAUGCUGGCUCUAUCGUUAAGUUCCUUCCUGGUUUUGAAGGUCCUCUUCCUUUCGAACUCGAAACCGGGUACAUUGGUAUUGGUGAGGAAGAGGAAGUGCAACUGUUUUACUAUUUCGUCAAGUCUGAGAACAAUCCAAAAGAAGACCCUCUUCUUGUCUGGUUAAGUGGAGGACCUGGAAGUUCUUCUCUCACUGCCCUUGUUUCCGAAAUUGGACCAUUGGUUUUGAAGUCCGAGUUUUACAAUGGAACUGUCCCUUCUUUGUUCUCUUCUACAUAUUCAUGGACAAAGGUGGCCAAUAUAAUAUUCUUGGACCAACCUGUUGGAGCUGGCUUCUCAUAUUCAAAAACUCCUCUUGGUAAAACUGGUGACACCAACGAAAUUCAGAUGAUCCAUGAGUUUCUUCAAAAGUGGCUACACAAGCAUCCACAAUACAUAUCCAACCCAUUUUACGCUACCGGAGAUUCUUAUGCCGGUAUGAUUGUUCCGGCCGUGGUUGAUGCAAUCUCGAAAGGGAAUUAUAUAUGUUGCAAUCCUCCUAUAAACCUCCAGGGUUAUGUGCUCGGAAACCCGAUAACAUAUGAAGAAAUGGAACUAAACUAUCGUAUUCCCUUUGCUCAUGGAAUGUCAUUAAUCUCUGAUGAACUCUAUGAGUCACUGAAGAGAUAUUGUAAAGGGAAUUAUUUCUAUGUGGAUCCACGAAACACAAAAUGUUUGGAAAUUGUUGAAGAAUACAAUAAGUUCACUGAAAAUAUAAAUAUUCAUCAAAUAUUACUACCAAAUUGUGAUGACACAAAUACAAACAAUAUAUCUCCUGAUUGCUUUUAUUAUAAGUAUUAUCUUUUUGAACGUUGGGCCAACACAGAGAGCGUUCGCGAAGCUCUUCAAAUCAAUAAGGGGAGCAAAGCAAAUUGGGUGCGAUAUAAUCAUACAAUACCAUAUGAUAAAAACAUUAAAAGCAGUAUACCAUACCAUAUGAAUAACAGCAUUAACGGCUACCGAUCUCUUAUCUUCAGUGGUGAUCAUGAUAUGGUGUUACCUUCCUUUGCAACUCGAGCAUGGAUCAAAUCUCUCAACUACUCCAUCACUCAUGACUGGAAGCCUUGGAUGAUCAACGAUCAAAUCGCUGGAUACACGACAACUUAUGCAAAUAAAAUGACAUUUGCUACUAUCAAAGGAUGUGGUCACACGCCAGAGUAUCUACCAGAAGAGGCUUCUAUAAUGUUCAAAAGAUGGAUCAGUGGCCAGCUCUUGUAAUAAAGUUGCGCUAUAUGCAACUUUUGUAAUCGCCCUUUAACUCAAAAUUUAAAGACAAUAUUAUUAUCUACGACGUAUGUGAGGAGAAUAUAACAGGGCAACUUUUCUACCAUAUAGGAACCACUGGCCCAUCACCAUGUGGUUUUAUCUUUUUUAUUUCAGUUAAGUGUUUCCAACACAAUUAAUUCAGUGGCAAAUAAAAACCAUAAUUUCGGA